GCAGAAGAUAGUUUCCUUCUUGUCUGAAGAAGAAACUCGCUUAAAAAGCUCAAAAAGUCCAAAACCGAUUUAAAACCUUAAUUCAAUCUUAAAAUCUCUCGAAUUUCGCUCAAAGCUCGAAUCUUUAAAUCUUUGCUUCCAAUGGGUGAGAAGGAUUCAGAGACAGCUCCGAUUUGGGGCAAAACCAAACAGCGAGAGAGCAGCAACACCAUCAACCCUAUGGAUGUAGAAUCAUCUACUCAAUCGCAUCAACCUCGAUCACAACCUCGAUCACAAUCUCGAUCACUAUCUCGAUCGCUGAGUCGGUUUCGAGGAGGUUCUUACGCAGAAAGAGGAAGAGGAGUCAAGGAGUUUCGUAGCUGGUUCUCUUGGCUAAUCCCUUGUUUCGUGAUCGCUAACGUUGUCUUGUUCGUGAUCACUAUGUAUGUCAAUAACUGUCCGAAGAAAUCUGGAGAUUGUUUCGCUGGUUUCUUGGGUCGGUUCUCGUUUCAGAGCACUAGUGAGAAUCCUCUUCUUGGUCCUUCCUCUCUCACGUUAAGAACAAUGGGUGGAUUAGAAGUGAAGAAAGUGGUUAAAGGAGAUGAAGGAUGGCGUUUGAUUUCUUGCAUCUGGUUACAUGGUGGAGUUGUUCAUUUGCUUGUGAACAUGUUGACUCUUUUGUUUAUUGGUAUGCGUAUGGAACGUGAAUUUGGUUUCAUACGGAUUGGAUUGCUUUAUUUGAUAUCGGGGUUUGGAGGAAGUAUAUUAUCAGCUCUUUUCCUCCGGUCAAACAUCUCUGUGGGAGCAUCUGGUGCUGUGUUUGGUUUACUUGGAGGAAUGCUCUCUGAGAUUUUUAUCAAUUGGACUAUCUAUUCUAACAAGGUUGUGACGAUUAUAACUCUUGUAAUAAUUGUGGCUGUAAACUUGGGACUUGGUGUGCUUCCAGGAGUUGAUAACUUUGCUCACAUUGGUGGUUUUGCUACCGGUUUUCUUCUUGGAUUUGUGCUUUUAAUCCGUCCUCAUUACGGAUGGAUCAAUCAAAGGAAUGCUCCUCUAGGUAAACCGCACAAGUACAAGAUGUAUCAGGCCAUAUUAUGGACCUUGUCUCUUCUCCUCUUACUCGCUUGGUUCAUUGGCGGUUUGAUCUCUCUUUUCAACAAUGUGGAUGGGAACAAACAUUGUUCAUGGUGUCAUUACCUUUCAUGUGUUCCAACUUCUAGAUGGAGCUGUAACCGAGAACCAGCCUCUUGCACUACGAUUCAAUUAGGCAACCAAUUGAGCAUGACUUGUUUGAGGAACGGCAAGUCUGGAUCUUACAUUUUGGCUAAUCCAUCUGAUUCACGGAUUAAUAGCUUAUGCGUUCAACUUUGCCGUUGAUUUUACUUACUGGUUUUAGAGAAACACACAUUCACAUUUCAUUGUAUCUUCUUCUUCUAAAACUUUCUUUUCUUGCUUGCUCUGUAUAUAUCUUAUAAAUAAUACUAUGUUUUCCUGAAUUAUAUUUGAGUCUUGAGAUCUCUG